AUGCAUCGAUUUGAUUUGCCUGAUAAUCUGCCUGUGCCAGUAGAUGAUGGUCAAUGUGCACAUUUGAAAGUCGGCAUGAAAUUUCCAAUUGAUAUUCUUACUAGUUUACCUGUGACUAACAAGCAUUCCGUAGACAUUACUAGCUGCCCACGUACUGUAAUAUAUUUCUAUCCUCGAACUAGCAAACCAGAUCAAAAACUUCCUGAUGGUUGGAAUGAAAUUCCUGGUGCUCGAGGUUGUACACCAGAAUCAUGUGGAUUUCGUGAUCAUUUUCAAGAAUUACAAUCAUUAGGUGCUAGUGUUUAUGGAUGUAGUACACAAACAACCGACUAUCAACAAGAAGUUGUUGAACGAUUACAUUUACCAUUUGAUAUAUUAAGUGAUUCUGAUUUAAAAUUAGUAAAUCAUUUACAUUUACCUUAUUUUACUUUACCAGAAUUAGAAAAUAUUCCAUUAAUUAAACGCUUAACAAUAAUCAUAAAAAAUGAUACGAUUGAACAUGUAUUUUAUCCAAUAUUUCCAACUGAUAAACAUGCACAAGAAGUUAUUGACUGGUUAAAACAAAAUCCGAUCAAAUAA